AUGGCCGACCCUCAGUCAGAGAUCCGCCGGGAGGAGAAGAAUGACGCCCCGGAAACAUUGGAGAAGUCUGUUACCAUCGACACGCUUCACAAUGACGAGGCCGUCAAGGUCCUUGCUACCUACGCCGGCGACCAGGAAUGGACGCCAGAGGAGGAGAAGAAGCUCGUCAGGAGGAUUGACAAACGACUCACCUCUAUCCUAUGUGCCACAUACGGAUUGCAGUACUACGAUAAGGCUAUGCUGUCACAAGCUGCACUCUUCGGUCUUCGAGAGGACCUACAACUCAGCGUCGGCAUACGUUACUCGAUGUCCUCAGCUAUCUUCUACCUCGGAUUCAUCGUCGGAGCCUAUCCAGCAAUCUUGCUCGCGCAGCGAUACCCGAUCGAACGGGUCAUCUUUGGCAUUGUGUUCCUCUGGGGAGCAUGUCUUACCUGCACGGCCGCUUGCCACAAUUGGCAAAGCCUCUACGCCCAACGGUUCUUUCUGGGCUUUUUGGAAAGCGGCGUCAGUCCCGGCUUUAUGCUGAUCGUGGGAGGCUGGUUCACGAAGCAAGAACAAGCCCUUCGCAUGGGCGCUUGGUAUUCCAUGACCGGCUACGUCUCAAUCUUCUCCCCACUAAUCAACUACGGCCUAGGCCACAUCACCGGCUCCCUCUCACCAUGGCGGUACAUGUACCUCGUCGCCGGAUCAAUCACUAUCCUCUGGUCGUUCGUCAUCCUCUUCUUCAUGCCGCCCGACCCCAUCCGCGCCCGCGGCUUCUCCGACCGUGAGAAGUACAUCGCUGUGGCGCGUAUGCGCCAGAACAACUCUGGUGUCCGCAACACGCACUUCAAGAUCGGUCAGGUGUAUGAGCUUCUUCUGGACAGGCGAUUCUGGAUGGUCUUCAUUAUGGCCUUUACUAUGUUGGUUGCGAAUGGCCCGGUGUCUACGUUUAUCCCGUUGAUCAUUCGAGACUUGGGAUUCUCUGGGUUGAAUAGUCUGCUGUUGGUCAUGCCGGCUGGAUUCGUCAUUGGGACGAUCGAGCUGGUGGCGCCGUACGUCUGCUAUAGGUGGAAGGGGUGGCGGGCUUACGUUGUUACGAUUUGUGUGUGUGGUACUAUCAUAGGGAGCUUCAUCCUCUGGAAGCUGCCGCAGUCGCAGAAGGGCGCCAGACUCUUCGGAGUCUACAUCCUCGCGUCAUACGGCGGAGCCUACGCUGUGCUCAUGAGCAUGCAGAUCGCCAACACUGCCGGCUACACCAAGCGCUCUGUUGGGUCUUCGGGCAUGUUUGUUGGUUACUGCUUGGGAAAUUUCGUCGGCCCGCUGGUCUUCAAAGCCACAGAGGCUCCCAGAUACAACACAGGUUGGAUUGUGACGAUCGCCACCUCGAUCGUCUGUGCGGUGGUGAGCCUGAUCUAUCGCCUGGACUGCGUGAUGGAGAAUAAGAGGAGGGACAAGGCGGGGCAGAUGGAGGCAUUUGAUCAUGCUUACGAAGAUGACCUGACCGACAAGAAGAAUCCACAGUUCAGAUAUACAUUGUGA